GUGUCGUAAAGUGCCAAUGUUGUGGUCGGAAAUUGCACCAGUCGUCCUCUGAGCUGAGCUUUCAGUCGCCCUUCAGCAGACAAAGAGUGCUCCUCUCACCCAAAGAACACCACACCAACGUUAAACCAUGGCAGGGAUUAUUGCACGGAAAGCUAUUGACCACCUGAAGAGCAAGGAGUUCAGGGAGUAUUUGACAAGGUAUCAUUUCUGGGGCCCUAUAGCAAACUGGGGUCUUCCUAUUGCCGCCAUUGCAGAUAUGAAGAAGAGCCCUGAGAUAAUCAGUGGCAGGAUGACCUUUGCUCUGUCCUGCUAUUCACUGCUCUUCAUGAGGUUCGCCUACAAGGUGCAGCCUCGUAACUGGCUGCUGUUUGCUUGCCAUUUAACCAACGAGUCUGCACAGCUUAUCCAGGCUAGUCGACUCAUCAAAUACAACAUGGACAAGAAGAAGGGAUCUUAAUGGCAGUGGUGACCCACUUCUUCAACAGCCACCAUAACCUGGACAUCAAAACUACUGAAUCUAAACACGUUAUCUCAAUGAAGCUGUGCCACUUUCACCAUCUAAUCCUGAUGUUACCAAGAUUGAUCAUCCUCACAAGUUUUAGUCACUUUUUACUGCAGACAGAAAAAAGCAUUUGCUUUCCUCCCAAGAAUUAGAGUGAACUGCUGUAAUUUAUUUUAAAUUUCGCAAAAGUCAUCAUGACACAAAGUAUAUUGUGGGUGAAAGCACACUUAGCUAACAAGUCUGACAGUUAGCUGUCUUUCACACUUGCUGUUACACUUAUUUUAGGUCAUCAGCAAUAAUAUUUCUGUUGCUUUCUAGUUUAUUAAUUGAAAAAUAAUGAUAUGUCAUUGGGAACUCAGCCUGAGGUCAGUUUGUGCAAAUAUGUUCAUACCAUGGCACAUUAUCAUUUGCCAAGCACUUUCAUUCUUUAACCUUUACUCUAAUGCAGAGGACACACAGAGAGCUUAGCUCUUUGUUUAUUGUACUGUGGAGUAAAAUGUUAAGCUGAAAAAUGAAAACAGAGUGUGUAUGAAGAGCCGAUAUGGCUUUAUUAUAUUGUAAUAAAUAAGAAAAGCUGCUUAUGUCAGUGCUGACCAAAACAUGUAAUGUCUGUUCUCAUAUGUCAGUCACAUUAAUUUAUUGUCAUUGUAUAAUAAACGUUAUUUUUCCCUAAUAAUUCAUUUGAAUCUCUGGAGUUGUACAAAUAAACUGGCUAUAGCGAA